AUGAGUUCAGAUAAGGUAAUACGUUUGAGACGAGGUGAACUUAUCGGUAAAAAAUGGAAAGUUCUCGAGAAACUCGGUGAAGGCGGAUGUGGAUAUGUUUAUAAAGUUCAGAAUAUGAAAACUGGAGUUAAGGUGCUGGAUAUUGCAUGCGAUAAAUACUGCGUUAAUGUUCUUAUACAAGCACAUCAACUAGCACUCUCAUUUCAGGCUGCGUUAAAAGUUGAAUCAAAUUUUGUGGUUGGCGGAAGUGUUCUCAAACUUGAAGUUCAGGUCUGUUUCUGA